GGCGACUGCGCGCGGAGGAGGUGCCGGGCGGCCGCUUCCCGCCCCCGAGCGGAGCCGGUGCGCAGGGGAGCCGGUGCGGAGCACAACCGAGCCGCCUGGGCGGCCGCCGAGCUCCCACGAUGGCCCGGAACACGCUGUCCUCGCGCUUCCGCCGAGUGGAUAUCGACGAAUUUGACGAGAACAAAUUCGUAGACGAGCAGGAAGAGGCGGCGGUGGCAGCGGGCGAGCCAGGCCCCGACCCCGGCGAGGUAGACGGGCUCCUGCGGCAAGGGGACAUGCUUCGGGCGUUUCAUGCAGCCUUGCGGAACUCUCCAAUCAACACCAAGAAUCAAGCUGUGAAGGAACGGGCCCAGGGUGUAGUCCUGAAAGUACUCACAAACUUUAAGAGCAGCGAAAUUGAUGAGGCUGUACAGUCACUGGACAGAAAUGGCAUUGACUUGUUAAUGAAGUACAUUUAUAAGGGGUUUGAGAAGCCCACAGAAAAUAGCAGCGCAGUGUUACUCCAGUGGCAUGAAAAGGCCUUAGCUGUAGGAGGACUAGGCUCCAUUAUAAGAGUUCUUACAGCAAGAAAGACUGUUUAAAAAAAAAUUACGUUGAGAAGAAUUUUGGAUGCCCAGGCUGGUGAAGAAGGGACUGACAAUGGACCAUCUUCCUAGAACUCCCAACUAAGUACUUCAGGACACACCUGCUGGAAUGUAUUUUACUUUUGAGGUGGAGGGAGAAAAUGUCUUAUUGUUUCCUAAAUUCUUUGCAGGAUCAGAGUGUCUGCCUUUAUCUACAGAGUAACACAGAACUGACACUUGACUAUCAGGCUGGCUGGCCAUGUCAGGUGUACCUUUGUGCACUGUCUGUUUGAAAUGGGGAGGGACUAUUUGGGCAGGUGCAGAUCCAAGGGCUGUGGUGAAAAGGAGAGCUUGGAUUCUGAAGUGGAAAAAACCUGAGAGAUUGUACAGAUGUCCUGUCUUCCCAGAGAAGACAGGCUCUCUUAGGUUCAUUGUAAAGUGCCUGCUGCAUCAAUAAAGCUCUUGGCUUAUUA